AAAAAUAAAGCUUCAAAAGAUGAUUUAGCUAGUGGUCGAUUCCUAAUCAUAAAAAUGGAAGAAUCUCCUCCCUCCGGAGCACCGGAAAGCUUGCAAUGUCGGCUCUGCCUGCAUACGGCCGAUUUACUGAUUUCAAUAUUCGGUAAACGGGGCCGUGAGGCGGAGAUGUGCCGAAAGCUUCGCGAACACUUAAAACUCACGGUCAAAGAGGAUGAAACGCUGCCCAAACACAUCUGCCUCAAGUGCUGGGACACGGUGGAGUACAUCGAUUCGUUCGUCCGCCGGGUGGAACGGAAUCAAUCCGUUCUGGUGUACGGUGAACGGGGAGAAAUAACCUUUAUCGUAAGCGUAGCAGAACCGCCGGUCGAAAUCGAUGAAACCUAUGACUUCCGGAAGGACUCGGCAGAUCCACCGUCGUACGAUGAGGCACAGAAAACGAAGCAGGCCACAGCCAUGUACGACGAGGGGGAGGGAGAGGAACUGAUCGAAAUCAUUGAAGCGCCCUGCGAAGAUACGGUCUCGGAAGAGGAAAAUCUGGUCUAUGAUCUGCUCCCGCUCGAUGAUGAUUCCGACGAACGAACAACGGCCGAGAGGGAUGAGCUGCGAGAGGAAAAAGACCCAAUCGGCGACGGUGCGACGACCAUCGUCAGCACCACGGACGAAGAAGCUGGCAUUCUCGUCCGGGUGAACGAUUACGACUUUCCACCGAUGAUCAAGGACGGCAGGAUGAUUGUGCAUGGCGAGGAGCUGGAGAAAUGUCUUGCCGCGUACUACGGACUGGCGUGUGAGCUCUGCCACCAGCGGAACUGGGCCACGAUCGGGGAACUGUUCGCCCAUCACCGGGCAGCUCACGGUCGGGAGGGUUUUGUGAACUGUUGCGGACGUACGAUUGAAAAGAAAUCGCAGAUGGCCAUGCACAUGGCAAAACAUGUGCAACCGGAAGCGUUUGAAUGUCCAAUAUGCAAGAAGAUGAUGACCACGCCACGCAUACUGAAGGCGCACAUGCAGAACCACCUGCCGGAGGAGGAGCGACCGCUCAAGUGCGAUCUCUGCCCAAGGCGCUUCAGCUACGUUAGCGCACUGCUCAUACACGCCUCGACCCAUCGGGAAGAGAACGAGGGCAAGUGUGCGUACCAUCUGUGCCACAGCUGCGGGCGGGCGUUCCGCUCCGGGGACAAGCUGGCGGAGCACAUUGCCCUGUCGCACAGGACGGACGGCACCAGCAACUGUGUGAUGUGCGACACGUGCGGCAAAAAGUUCAUCUCGAAAAGCAACCUAAACUACCACCUGACCACGCACCAGCCGAAGGUGCUGCAUCAGGUGCAGUGUGAGCAUUGCGGAAAGUGGCUAAAGAACAAGCUCUGCCUGCGGAAGCACAUGCUGCAGCACUCCCAGGUGCGGCAUGCCUGCGACCAGUGCGACUACACCACCAUCAACGUGCAGAGCCUGCAGAACCAUCGCCGGGUGCAGCACACGGACGAGAAACCGUUCGUUUGUCCUACCUGUGGGAAGUCGUUCAAGGUAAAGAGCAACCUGCGGGAGCAUCUGGCACAGCACCGGCAGGGGCAGAAGUAUUCGUGCGAGUUCUGCUCGCGAAAGUUCACGUCGAAAAGCAACUACUACUGCCACCGGAAGCGGAUGCAUCCGAACGAGUUGGAACUGGAAAGGCGAAAAAAGGAGCAGGAGGAAAGCGCCCAUCGCAUCAGGCUAAAAUUAAAACUGCAGAGACAGUAAGGUCACGGUUCUCAAAAGCUGUGUGUAUGGAAGAAUAAAAACGGUAACAAGACUUGGAUAACCGUUAGAAGCCGAUUUUGGUAUUGUUUUUUGCUCAGCAGUGAACUCUUAUUGAACUGCAAAUUUGUUGGCAUUGUACUGUGCGAGGGGGCCAGUGGAUGGUUUCACCCUCUCCUUGACGUGCAAGCACGCCCUGCAGCCUCAUUCCGGAUACUCUCCUCUCGAUGUGUCCACUGAGCGAGAAUUUUGCUAUAACCGAAUUUAAAGCUAGCCGCGAUGCGAGUCUGACCGUGCCUAUUCCUUCUUGUCGAAUUUGCCGCCGUAGAAGGGGAUGUACGACACGAUCACCUUCCAGUCGGUCAGGUAGCAUCCAACCAGCGCCGCAGCAGCUCCGUAAGCGGCGGCAGAAGAGGCCCUACGGAGGCAUUAGGAAAACGGAAAAGUGAAAUUAGUGCAACUGCAAGUACAGUGCAACGAAGGGAAUAGUCUCUAGGAUGUCUUUCGCCCUUCGACGGUAUGGAGGAGCACACGAAAACACAAGCUUACAUAACGCGCCACCCAAGGAUGCACAGAUUUUCACAGCCUACCCGAGUUAAGCGGCACCGUUACCUACCACUGAGCGGCCUGUUCGGCUUGUUUACGUCCCAUCGGCAGUCUCAUCUUGAGGGCUGUAGAUUACGCUUUUUGGAGAAUUUGCGCAAAUUUAUCCGAAGGGCGCCUGCUGCAAUCGCGGAAGAAA